AGCUGUCUCUUCUGUGAUGGUGAUGUGAUGUAAAUAAAUUUUGGUGCUAAGAUUUUCUAGUGUUUUGUUUUGUUUGCAUUUUACAUGUUCUCAUGAUGUCUAUACUAUGGGCUCCUGUAAAAGAAAAGGACAGAUAUGGAAUUGCAAUCCACAACUAUCAGCAGGAAGAUGCACCAAUGAGAAUCAAGAUAACAGUUGGAGAAUGUGUUCACAUCCUGGAAGAAAACGGAGAUUGGUUUUACGGGUUCACCGCCAAAAACCGAGGUCUAAGAGGGAUUUUCCCCAAAUGCUACGUGAAGAUUAUGGAGAGUGUCGUUGACAAAUCUGGGCCAACAGAAGCAACAGUGUUAAAACAGCCUCAAAUCGUCCAGGAAUUAACGUCAGUCCUUAGAGAAUGGGGCACUAUAUGGAAACAUUUAUUUAUUAUGCACGACAAGAAUUUCAAAAAGAUAGAACAGAACUUGUACGAGCUGAUGAGGUAUCGUAGUCAGAUUUUGUCCGGAACUCUUCCCGUUGAUGAACUGAAACAAGUCAAACGUCUAGUCACCUCCAAAAUCGAUGUUGGGAAUAAUUUAUUAGGUUUGGACAUGGUGGUCAGAGAUGAACAUGGUAAUAUUCUGAAUCCUGAACAGACUUCAACCAUCCAGCUCUACUGGCAUCAUGAAAUUGCUGCCGAGAGGAUAAAAAAAGCUAUUUCGGAACCAGUAAACAAGAAGACUCCCCGGCCUGCCAGUCAGUCGUUGACACACACUAUGUUCGUGUCUCUGCGGAACUUUAUCUGUAGAUUAGCAGACGACGCGGAACUGUUGAUGACUCUGUACGACGGCAAGGAGAACAAAGCAUUCACAGAAAACUACGUCGUCAGAUGGAGUCAGGAUAUGUCUCGCAAUACUGACCAAAUACACAACCUUAGGGUGUUGUUUACCGACCUGGGAUCGCGGGACCUGAGCCGAGAGAAGGUGUACUUGGUGUGUUACGUUGUUCGGCUCGGAGGUAUGGAGGUGAGAGAUGCUGACAAGGAGAAUAAGAAGUCAUCACGCCAGAGCAUCACUAAGCCCCCAGUGGCGACGGGGGACUGUUUACGGCGACCCUACGGAGUGGCGGCGAUAGACGUGACACUCUACAUCGCGGGGAAACUAGAGUCCGAUGAGGAUAAACACCAUUUCAUGCCGUUCCUACCAUGUGAAAAGGACAAUUUAGACGGAACUCUAAAGCGAAUCAUUUCCAACAAAGAGUUGUCUCAGAAAGAUCACAAAGGUCAAGGGAUUCACUGCAGUUUCAAAAUGCUACAAGGAGACAUAAACCAGGUGCGAGAGGAGAACCCCCACCUAGUGCUGGGUCAGGUGGCUACAGCCCACAAGAUGGGGUUCCCGGAGGUGAUAUUGCCCGGAGAUGUCCGGAACGACCUCUACCUCACGCUGGUCUCCGGAGAGUUCUCUAAGGGUAGCAAGUCUACAGAUAAGAAUGUGGAGGUGACAGUCAGGGUGUGCGGGGAGAAGGGGCAGCCACUGCAGGGAGUGAUAAUGCUGGGAGGAGGUGUCCCUCCACAAAACGAGUACAAAUCUAUCAUCUACUACCACGAGGAUAAGCCUCGUUGGAGUGAAACGUUCAAGAUCGCUGUGCCGAUAGAGGACUUCAAAGUGUGCCAUCUUAGGUUUACAUUUAAACACAGAUCAUCAAACGAGACCAAAGACAAGAACGAGAAGCCGUUUGCGAUGUCCUACGUGAGACUCAUGCAAGAAGACGGCACCACACUCAGGGACACACAACAUGAUCUUCUUGUGUACAAGGUGGACCACAAGAAGUAUGAUGCUAGCGACAUAAGCUAUCUGAACCUACCCUCCAAGCGCAGUGAGCUGAUAGAAGGCAGCAAGCCAUCGGCCGGUGGACUCGUUCUCACCAACAAAGACUCGUUCAUUAUACAGACGAAUGUCUGCUCGACCAAGCUCACACAGAACGUGGACCUUCUUGGACUGCUGAACUGGACCAGUCAGCCGGACAUGUUGCAAGAGAGUCUGCGAGCUCUGAUGAAGGUGGAUGGAGAGGAAGUGGUCAAAUACUUACAAGACGUGCUGGACGCUCUGUUCAACAUACUCAUGCAGAACUCCGACUCUGAACUGUACGACAACUUGGUGUUUGAGUGUUUGCUAUUCAUUAUUGGGCUUGUAUCCGACCGCAAAUACCAACAGUUUCAACAUGUGUUGGAUCGCUACAUUUUAGAGACAUUUAGUGCAACUCUGGCCUACAAUAAACUAAUAGUGGUCCUAAAACAUCUUGUGGACAACGCAAACCUCACUGAAGACAAGGAUAUGCUACAGAAGACGAUGAAAUCCCUACAAUACAUAAUGAAAUUCAUCGUUCGCUCUCGGCUUUUGUUCUCAGCGUUGUACGAAGGUAAGGGUCAACAACAGUUUGAGUUGUCCCUGAAGCAGCUACUACAGAGCAUCACUGUGAUGAUGUGUUACAACGCUGACACUACUCUGCUGGUCGUCCAAGGCAACUGCCUCAAGUACCUCCCGUCCACCAUCUCCGAUGUGCUUCAGGUGUUCAGCGCUACCCAACUGAGUAAUCUCCUGAUGGAUUUGAUCAACAAAAUGCCAGCGCAACGUCUCGCAAAACAGAAGAUGAUGACUGUGAGAGAUAUAGUUCACAGUCAGCUGUUCUUAGACAGUGAGUGUAGAGCCAUCUUGUUGCCGGCUAUCUUGGUGAGGAUACGAGAACUACUGGAAGCCGGAGGCGAAGCCCGAAGCAGUAUAGAGUACCGCAACAAGUCCAAGUCGGUGGCCAAGUUGGCCAAGAUGUUGGGAGCGUCGUCGAUCGACAAGAUCACUAAUCUCAACGAUCUUGCGGAAGAGGUGGAGCUAUGUGUUAAGAUCCUGAGUGAUAUAAUGGACCUGUUGUUCAAUGCUCCGCCAGGCUCUACGAUACGAGAUAUCAACGAGGUUAUGUUGACUGUGUUGAGGACGGUCAUACAGUCUACGAUAGCUAUGGAGCGUGACAAGCCUCUAUGUGGUAACCUCACUGCGGUGAUGAUCUCCGUGUUUCGACAAAUGACGGCUCAUCAUUUUGACACCUACAUCGGUCAUUUUGCCACGUCCACGGAUCUGCUGGACUUUCUUAUGGAGAUCUUGUUGGUUUUCAAAGACCUCGUGUCCCGACCUGUCUAUCCUUGUGAUUGGACGGAAAUGAUAAUGCUGCAGAACAGUGUCAUCCUGAAGUCCCUCCGCCACUUUUCCCACACAAUCAGGGAUUUCUUCUCCAACAAGUUCGAGCACCAGGCGUGGAACAACUUCUUCCACUGCGCCAUCGCCUUUCUCACUCAACCGACGCUCCAGUUGGACAACUUCUCUGCCAACAAGCGAUGGCGGAUCAUCUCCCGGUACAAGGACAUGCGACGAGAGACUGGCUUCGAGAUACGUAGCAUGUGGUUCAACCUAGGACAACACAAGAUCCAGUUUGUUCCGAACCUAGUCGGGUCGUUCCUAGAAAUGACCUUGAUACCGGAGACAGAGCUGAGGAGAGCUACGAUACCCAUCUUCUUUGACAUGAUGCAGUGUGAGUUCUACUCCCCUCGCGACGCCUUCACUAAGCCUUCCGAUACGAAGAGAGAUGCGGCCAACAUCCGGGCAAACUUCUCUGAGUUUGAGAACGAGAUGAUCGCCAAGCUUGACAACCUAGUGGAGGCUGGCCGAGGCGACGAACAUUACAAGGAUCUCUUCUACGAGAUCAUGAUGAACCUCUGCGAGAACCAUUCUACCAUGAGGGAGCAGGGAGUUAGGUUUGUGAAGACAGUGACUCGACUGAUGGAGAGACUACUGGAGUACCGAUGUAUCAUCUUGGACGACAACAAGGAGAACCGCAUGAGCUGCACUGUCAACUUGCUGGAUUUCUACAGUGAGAUCAACCGCAAGGAGAUGUACAUUAGGUACGUAAACAAACUGUGCGACCUACACCUGGACUGCGACAACUUCACAGAAGCAGCGUUCACGCUGAAACUGCACAGCAAGCUGCUCAACUGGUCGGACAACUUGUUGCCGCCGCUGCUGCGGAGUCACAAGUACCCGCUGUGUCAGACGCAUCGCCAACUCAAGGAGGCGCUGUAUCUGGACAUCAUCAACUACUUCGACAAGGGCAAGAUGUGGGAGUGUGCCCUCAGCGUGUGUAAGGAGUUGGUGCGUCAGUACGAGGAGGAGAUCUACGACUACCAUCAGCUGAGUGAGCUGCUACGCAAGAUGGCGACGUACUACGACAGCAUCAUGAAACAGAUGAGGCCCAACCCUGAGUAUUUCCGGGUCGCUUACUAUGGCCGAGGUUUCCCCGCUUUUCUCCGCAACAAGGUGUUUAUUUACCGAGGCAAGGAGUUUGAGCGCCUGAGUGACUUCAGCAGUCGUACUCUCAACCAAUUGCCCAACGCUGAGAGAAUGACAACCCUCACACCUCCUAGUGAAGACAUCAUGGAGUCUCUUCACCAGUUUGUCCAAAUCAACCAUGUGGAGCCUGUUAUGGAUGAUCGCAAGAAGCGUCUAUCAGGGAAGCCAAUCAGCGAUCAGAUUCUAAGAUACCACCAGGUGAACGACGUGCAGAAGUUUCGUUUCUCUCGGCCAUUCCACCGUGAAGAGGAGGGUGUGGAGGACAACGAGUUUGCGACAUUGUGGAUAGAACGGACAGUGCUAGUGACAUCUUACCCACUCCCUGGUAUACUGCGGUGGUUCCCCGUCACUGCGGCCGACACCUUCGAGAUCUCACCUCUGCGCAACGCCAUCGAGACUAUGGAGGCGACUAAUAAAGAAUUGAGACAGCUGAUCAUUGCUCAUCGCCAUGACCCCACCCUCCCCCUCAACCCCCUAAGUCUGAAGCUCAACGGAAUUGUCGAUGCAGCUGUCAUGGGCGGCAUCAACAAUUAUGAGAAGGCGUUUUUCACUGAGAGUUACAGUGAGCGGCAUCCAGAAGACGCAGCUCUAAUACACAGACUACAGGACCUGAUAGCACUACAGAUACCUCUACUGGAGGUGGGGAUACGGCUACAUGGAGAGAGAGCACCUCCGUCUCUACUGCCUCUACAACAGAGACUAGAGACAUGCUUCAGUGACAUGAGAGGCCAUGUGGAGGCCAAGUAUGGCAAGAAGACCUGUGACCUGAAGAUUGAGCCGGUUACGCUGAGGAGACAAGUCAGCACAGCUACAACCAUCGGAGCUGAGUCCAACAGGCUCUCAGGCACCAGCUUCGGCUCUUCAGAGGGCAGUAGCUCUCGCGUGUCAAGUCUGACCAAGGCCCAGGUGGUUGGGCUGAAAAGCUUCGUUCCGUUCUCGUCCACGAGCACGUUGACCAGGCCGCAGUCGCAGGCGAGUCCGGGGAAGAAGGAGAAGAAGCGUCGCGCGACACGGCGCAGCAGCACCACAAAGUUGAGCGACAGAGAGAGCGUCGGGUCUAGUCAGUGGUACACGUCGCCCGAGGUGGAACCUACGCCUGCGCCUGCCCCAGUCACACCACCUGUUAUACCUACACCUCCGUCGUCUACACCUGUGUUUGAACUGACUCAGGAGCUGACGCCGACGAGACCGCUGAGGUCGGAGAUGGAGAGGGAGAAGCGACUCAGUCUCAGCAGACCAAGUAGUGGACAGUUUGCUUUCAACAACCAGCGACUCACCGCGGUCAACGGCUCAAGCAGAGAUUCCGUUGGAACGACAGACAGCACCAACAGUGAGGAAGACAAUACUCCACCUCCGUUGCCAGUGAAGCUUAGAGAAGCCGACUACUGUAACCUACCUGACGAGUCCCCCUCCCCCUCCGUCACUUCUCCGUCUUCUCCUCACACGCCGCGGACACCCGUACGAGCCAAGCCUGUACCCCCAGAGCCCACUGAACGCCAGGCCCCGCCCACCCCUCCGCCUAAACGACCUCACAUCAAACCCCCGCUAAGUAUGCCACUCGUUUAAACUACACCAUGACUGACACACUUAAUGCUUAAACAUAUUUAUCUGAGCAGUUUCAUUUGCAAUUAUUCCUAUUUGCAAUAAUGAUAACGUAAAAAGGCUGAAAUCUUUGUGCCUUUUAAGUUUUAUUUUACUAAGCUUUUUAAGCGAUAAUAGUUUUACAUAAACUAUUAAGCUGCCGCACAAUUUGGACCUAGCAUGUAGAUUUAAGUAUGAAUACUAGUGUUAUGUUGAAUUUUAUCAUUUUAUUUACAUUAUGUAUCUAUUUUCUAAUUUUAUCUCAACAAUUCUGUUUAUCAGAGCAAUUUUAGUCAGAAAAUAGUAUUUUUUAAUGUGUUUGUUGUUAUUAGUUUAAUUUAUUUGUUGUUGUUUUUUCAUAUAAAUAUUGUGUUGAUUUGUACAUUAUUAGUUUGUAUAUUUUACUGUAUAGUAUCAUUAAGUAACACCUAUUGAUAUAGUUUGUAAUUUUAGUUAUUAAGUUUUAUUGUGUUAAGUUGUAUUUAUUGUAUUCUUGUAAUAUAUACAUGAUAAUCUGCAAUAUUUUCACGCCAAAGUUAAGUAAGGGAAUGCUUAUUAGGUAGUUUCUGCAGAAAAUGGAAAAGAUAUUAUUUUAAUUACAUUUUUAUAAAAAAAUAAGCUAGCCUUGAGUAUUUUGAACAUAAAUUUAAAGUACUACUAUAGUGUACUAGUCAAAUAUCAGUUCUGAAAUAUUUUAUAUCUAUAUAUUAUAACUAUGAGAUCACAUUUUAAAAGGAAGUAAAAAACUAAAAUAUCAAAAUAGU